GGGGAGGACGUGGCCCGCCUGCCGCCCGCCCCCCGGCUGGAAGAUGGCGAACGUGCAGCUGCAGUUCGAGGCCAGCGCCGGCGAGGCGGACCCGCAGAGCCGCCCCGUGCUCGUCCUGGGCCAGCUGCAGAAUCUGCACCGCUUGCAUUGGAACCAGCUGCAAGGCAAGCUGCAGCCCCGGGUCACCGAGGAGACAUGGCUGGCCGCAUUGAGCACCCUGAACCCCAACCCAACCGACAGCUGUCCCCUCUACCUGAACUACGCCACUGUAGCAGCACUGCCUUCCCGAGUCAGCAGACACAACAGCCCUUCGGCUGCCCAGUUUCUCACGCGGCUCAUUCGAAGCUGCCUCCCGGGCGGGGUGAACCGAUGCAUUCUGAUGGUCUGUGAGCGGUCAGAGGUCUUUGCCUCGGCCUGUGCCAUAGCAAGGGCAUUCCCACUGUUCACGCACCGUUCCAGCGCGACAAGGCGUACGGAGAAGAAAACGGUCACGGUGGAGUUUUUCCUGGUUGGCCAAAGCAAUGGCCCAGUGGAAGUGGAAACGCUUAGAUGUCUGGAAAGUGCUACGGAAGGAGUCAGGUUGGCUGCUCGGAUCGUGGACACCCCGUGCAACGAAAUGAACACGGACUGCUUCCUAGAGGAAAUCAGAAAAGUUGGAAAGGACUUGGGAAUUGUUCCAACCAUUUUCCGCAACGUGGAGCUGAAAGAGAAAGGAUUUGGAGGUAUCUAUGGUGUUGGCAAAGCAGCCACGCAUCCACCGGCUCUAGCUGUGCUCAGUCAUACCCCAGAAGGUGCCACACAGACAAUUGCCUGGGUUGGGAAAGGCAUCGUCUAUGACACUGGAGGACUCAGCAUUAAAGGGAAGACAACGAUGCCUGGAAUGAAACGAGAUUGUGGUGGAGCAGCUGCUAUUUUGGGAGCCUUCAAAGCCACUGUAAAACAAGGCUUCAAAGACAAUCUCCAUGCUGUUUUUUGCUUAGCUGAGAACUCAGUCGGACCAAACGCGACGAGGCCCGAUGAUAUCCAUGUUCUUUAUUCAGGAAAGACUGUAGAAAUCAACAACACUGAUGCUGAAGGCAGACUGGUGCUUGCAGAUGGAGUCUCAUAUGCUUGCAAAGACCUGGGAGCGGACAUCAUUCUUGAUAUGGCUACUCUCACUGGGGCUCAGGGAAUUGCCACAGGGAAAUACCACGCAGCAGUCCUCACCAAUAACGAAGAGUGGGAAAGGGCCUGUGUUAAGGCUGGCAGAAACUGUGGUGAUUUGGUUCAUCCUCUUGUCUAUUGCCCUGAACUCCAUUUUAGUGAAUUUACCUCAGCUGUAGCUGACAUGAAGAACUCUGUGGCGGACCGUGAUAACUCCCCAAGCUCUUGCGCCGGACUCUUCAUUGCAUCACACAUUGGGUUUGACUGGCCUGGCGUCUGGGUCCACAUAGAUAUUGCAGCACCAGUCCACGCAGGGGAACGGGCCACUGGCUACGGUGUUGCUCUGCUACUCUCUCUGUUUGGCCGGGCCUCCGAAGACCCCCUCCUGAACAUGGUGUCUCCCUUGGGCUGCACCGGAGACUCCCCGGAUGACAACAGAGAGAGGGAUUCCAAGAGGCGCCGUUUGGUUUAAAGUUUCUGCACCCCUCAGAGAUGGCACACCGAAAUUACCUCACUUUGCACUGACGAAUUUCCAAAAUGGUGAAAGUACCAUGUGUCAGAAAUGACCAUUUUACAAAGAAAAAAAAACCCCAUUGUAAACAUGAGUACCCAUCUUAUCCUGGAGAAAUGCCAUAUUCUGUGUUGCUUUUAAAAAAAGAAAAUGUAUGCUUGAGUUUCAACAAAAAUGUAAAGACAUUCUUUACCAAGAAAGGGCAGGGAAUUCUUUUCUUCCUCCAUGUCCCUCUCAGAUGCAUCUGAACUUUUGCAACUGUUUAACCUCUUCUUACUGAUAGAGUCUUCAGAGUUAGUUCAAAGGCUUUCAAUUUCCCCCGGGAUCCCCUCGGCCCCUCUGCUUUUCAAAACAUGAUUGUACAGGUUGAAGUUGGGUUGCCUCUUUCUACCCUGGCUAAAUAUUGAAGGUAGGAAGUCCAGACAGCCACUGCUUCUCCAAUUCACGUUUUUUCUCUGUUCCAUCAUUUUCUUUUUCUUCCACCUGCCAUUCAGCGUACCUGGAGUCUUAUUUGCCAUAGCAGAUGAGGAAAGAGGCCAGAGAGCAGGGCUGCCAGGUGAACAGGUGUAAGGAGCUGGAGCAGCCCUCCCCUUCAGGAGGGGGAUUUAAAGUUUUCAAGUAGUCCACACUUCAAGAGGGCAUCCUCAAAAGAGAGCCGCUUUGGGCUCUACUAUUCAGCAACGUUUUUUUCCCCAACCUGGCACUCUAGGAGGCCUUAUUUUCUUUAUUUUUAAAGGUCCUUUAAAAAAUCCUGUGAAAGAUGCCAUUCUUGCAUGUUCAGGUCUUUUCUGAUCCUUAAGAUUACCUGAAGAGUGAUCAGGUGCAUUUCUCCGUCACAUUUUUACCUUUCUUCAGCUAACAAACCGUAUUAAUGCUUGGAUAUAAAAAUGUUUAUUGUGUAAGGAGAGGUGGGUGUCACUGUAAUAGAAUAAACAUCGUUCCUUCUCUCCUCUUAA